AAAAUCAAUUUCAAUUUAAAAUCCCCAUUACAUUUUAUCUAUUUUCUCACCUUUAUUUUCAUCGUCUCUCUUUGCAUCUCUUCCCAAUCCAACAGAACGCACACAAGUACAGAUUCCAGUGAAUUGAUAAUUCAUUCGGGAUUGCAAUCACAAUCACAAUUGAUCAUGGCACAAGCAGUAGAAGAAUGGUAUAAACAGAUGCCUAUUAUCACACGCUCGUAUCUCACUGCUGCUAUUGUUACUACUAUUGGCUGUUCUCUUGAAAUAAUUUCGCCUUACAAUUUGUACUUGAACCCAAUGCUCGUGGUUAAACACUAUCAGUUCUGGCGAUUGGUUACAAAUUUCUUGUACUUCCGAAAGAUGGACUUGGACUUCCUGUUUCACAUGUUCUUUCUUGCUCGAUACUGCAAGCUUCUCGAGGAGAACUCUUUUAGGGGAAGGACAGCGGAUUUCUUUUACAUGCUCUUAUUUGGUGCCACUGUCUUAACCGGGAUUGUCCUCAUUGGGGGGAUGAUACCUUAUGUCUCAGAGUCUUUUGCAAAGAUUAUAUUCCUUAGCAAUUCACUGACAUUCAUGAUGGUGUAUGUCUGGAGCAAGCAAAAUCCAUUUAUCCACAUGAGUUUCUUGGGUCUCUUUACGUUCACAGCAGCGUACCUCCCUUGGGUUCUUCUGGGGUUUUCUGUCCUUGUUGGUGCCAAUGCCUGGGUUGAUUUACUGGGCAUGAUAGCUGGCCAUGCUUAUUACUUUCUUGAAGACGUGUAUCCAAAGAUGACUGGUCGGCGGCCCCUCAAAACUCCCUCUUUUAUCAGAUCACUUUUUGCAGAUGAUCCAGUAGUAGUUGCAAGACCUGCUAACGUGAGAUUUGCUGCUCCGCCAGUAGAUGAAGGUCAUUAAAACUGAUUUAGAUUGUUUAAACACUGACAAUCUGUUGACAGAAAUAUGGUAAUAUGCAAAUAGGUUCAUGUCCUGCUUCACAACACCUUUGAUUUUACAUUCUUUUUGUAAUCUAAACAUGAAAGGAAAUUAUAAGAUCAGUACAUAGAGUUUGCUGCUC